AUGAAUUCCGGAAUCCCUAGUGAUGUGGCCGCAGAAGAGGCGGUGGAAGCUUGCAGCAGAAUACAAGAGAUGGCAUUUAGAAUCAUAACUAUAGCCUCAGUUGUUUACCCAUCUUCGUCGUCCCCUCCGCCUCCGCCAACUGUGGCUCCAGCACCCCUCAUCGUCUCGUCCUCCCCUGCGGGCGCCAACAGUUGCUUCGCCGUGGGCCGCCUCCCCUGCGGCUCCAGCACCCUUGCGGCAACCACAUCGUCGCCCUCCACGUCCGCAACCCCCUCGCCGCCUCCACCCUCCUCUACUCCCACGGCAACGCCGCCGACCUCGGCCAUAUGUACGACCUCUUCCUCGAGCUCAGCAUCCACCUCCGGCGUCAACGUCCUCGGGACCUGCCUUCUAGCUAAACCCGCUGGUGGAACCGCCUUUGAGGUUGACCGCGGCCAGAAGCUCAUCUUCAAGGUCAAAAUUUGGUGGGCUGGUCUUAUGAGAGGAGCUGUAUCCAUUGCACUUGCUUACAAUAAGUUUACUAGAGCUAUUUAUACCCAACUGCCUAGCAACGCUGUGAUGAUCACCAGCACAAUAACAGUUGUUCUCUUUGGCACAAUUGCAAUGGUAGGAGAAAGCAAGAAGUCCAUAGUAACAAGUUAACAAGUCUAAUAGAGCCUCGACUUCAUCACGAAGAACUGUGGAGUGUCGAUCUGAAAAACCAUGGCUUAGAUCACAAUCCCAAAAAUUAGAACCCACUCCAUCUCUCAGUGAAAAUCCGCAUGCUUCCACUCAUCUUCCUCCAACUAUAACUGAUCGGCCGUCAUCUCCAACUAUUGCUAAUCCGGACACUAACACUACAGGUUUUGUUACAGAUUUAAGUUUUAUUAUUAAUUAAAUGUAGUGAACUCAUUGGCUUUGUAUUCAAAAAUGCAGUUACCAAUAGCAUCAUGAAUGCAGUGAACACAUUUGAAACAAAUUGAUGAAUGCAGUGAACACAUCAUGAAUGCUUUGAAAUGUUUGGCAGGUCAUUGGUGAUGUAUUGAAUCGGCAUGUAAGAAUUUAGACAUAUUUUGAAAACUUUACAUUUGAUAGCAUGUGGAUAUGACAAAAACACUAUUAUUGUGUUUUAUUUUUUGGUUGUGUUGGGUGAUUGUAUUAGAUGACAAUGCAGUGAUACUCUAACAUACAUGGUUCUUGUGAGACAAUUUAAAUUACUUAGUUUGAUUCAGUCUUA